AUGGAAACAUGACGGUAAAGUACUCCAUGAUAGCCUACAGAUUUCAUCGAAUCGAAACAUAGGACAACUGACAAUAACCAAACCCUUAAUGCAUGACUUCGGUACAUAUCAGUGUUUUGCCACAAACAAAUAUGGAACAGCAGUCUCUGCAGCAUUUAAGAUAGAAAGAGCAUGGAGAUUAGGAGUAACACCCACAACAACUGGUCUAGUAAUUAAAUCUGAAUUCAGACAAAUACGAUGGAGAGGAACAUCUAUACAACCUAACUCCACACCUUUAAUUUCAAGUUUUAGCGACACAGUUGAAAUGACAUUAACAAGUGCUUACCAGUUUAGGAGUGUGUCUAUACCAUGUAGGGGUAAACCAAAGUGUAAACCUAAAAACGAGUGUAGGGUUGAAUGGAAGUUAGGGGAUGGAACCAGUAAUACUAUUUAUGAAACUAAACGAAUAGCUAUUGAUAAAGAUGCUAAACCGAUUUUUCAAGAAGAUGAAACACUAAAAUCCCAAGUUAUCUCGGAUGGUCAAAAUGCUGUGUUUAAGUGCAAAAUGGAAUCUCUUCCUUUUGAAAACCCACCUUCAGUGCCUAUUUGGAGACGAAAUGGAAAAGAAUUGUAUCAUGGGCAAUGUGAGUUUUCUUACCUUUUCUCCAUAUGA